UUUAAAAGGGUGGGGGGCUCGUGGUUCCUCUCACUCUCACGCCAGGACAUCCCAAGGGCACCAGAGCAAGACAAGAUGACUCACCAUUGCACCAAGUUUUCUGGCCACUGGAAGAUCAUUGUCUUCGACGAGGAGUGCUUCCAGGGCCGUCGCCAUGAGUUCACCUCCGAGUGCUGCAAUGUGAUGGAGUUUGGCUUUGAGACCGUGCGCUCCCUCAGAGUGGAGAGCGGAGCCUGGGUGGGUUACGAGCACGGCUCCUACCAGGGGCAGCAGUUCGUCCUGGAGAGGGGAGAGUACCCCCAGUGCGACGCUUUCGGCGGCAGCAACGCCUACCACAUCGAGAGACUGACCUCCUUCAGACCUAUCGCCUGUGCUAACCACAGAGAGUGUCGUAUGACUAUCUACGAGCGUGAGAACUUCCUGGGCCGUAAGGGUGAGCUCAGCGACGAUUACCCCUCCCUCCAGGCCAUGGGGUGGUGCAACAAUGAAGUUGGCUCUUUCAGAGUCCAGUCUGGAGCAUUCGUGUGCUACCAGUACCCUGGUUACCGUGGAUACCAGUACAUCAUGGAGUGCGAUCGUCACUGUGGCGAGUACAAACACUUCAGGGAGUUUGGCUCCCACUGCCAGACCCCUCAGAUCCAGUCCAUCCGCCGCAUUCAGCAGUAACAACUUGCUUGUACCAGCCCCUCCCCCCCCUUCAUCUUUGAUCCCUGCUGCUUCCCAGUGCUGAAUAAAAACUGUCUUUCUUCAAGACCUCCA